CUCUUUAACUUAUUACUCCUCAAAGCCCGAUCUCUCUUAGUGACUCAUCAAUGUCGGAUGUAAUCCCAUUUGAAAUUAUAUAGAAAAUCGAUUGGGAAAACAUAGUUUCGGUUUGCCCAGAUGGAUGCCCUUUUCAGAUCUCGCUUUCGCAUUCUGUUCAUCCUCGCUUGUUUGUUGAUUUGUGGUUUCGCUUUCGUUGGAGCUCAAAAUCGAAGGCCGAAGAACGUUCAGGUUGCGAUUCGGGCUAAAUGGUCGGGUACUCCAUUGCUCUUGGAAGCCGGUGAAUUACUGUCUAAAGAGUCGAAAAAUCUUUUUUGGGAGUUCAUUGAUGGCUGGCUACGUGUUGCGAAAACUGAGGGUGAUUCUCAUUCGGCUAAAGAUUGCCUUGUUAAGAUUUUGAAACAUGGCAGCUCUGUUUUAAGUGAAUCAUUGGCAUCGUUAUUUGAAUUCUCCUUGACUCUGAGAUCGGCAUCCCCUCGAUUGGUGCUUUACCGGCAACUAGCGGAGGAGUCUCUUUCUUCUUUUCCGCUGUCUGACGAUGGUUAUUCACAUAAUGUGAGUGGGGUUUAUGCUAGUGAAGCGGCGGGAACUAAAAAGUUGGACCCCUUUCUUGUUGGCGCAAACCCGAAAAGUCCUGGCGGAAGAUGUUGUUGGGUGGACAUUGGUGAGGAAUUGUUCUUUGAUGUUGCAGAACUGCAGUCUUGGCUUCAGGGACCUAAUGAAAUUGGAGACUCCUUUCAGCAGCCUGAAUUAUAUGAAUUUGAUCACGUUCAUUUUGAUUCAAACCUUAUGAGCCCUGUUGCUAUUCUGUAUGGUGCUCUUGGAACAGGAUGUUUUAGGGAGUUCCAUCUUACUCUAGUUCAAGCUGCCAAAGAGGGAAAAGUUAAGUAUGUUGUCAGACCAGUAUUACCUUACGGUUGUGAAGGGAAAGUUGGUCCAUGUGGGGCUGUUGGUGCAAUGGAUUCCUUAAAUUUGGGCGGGUAUGGUGUUGAGCUUGCUUUGAAGAAUAUGGAGUAUAAGGCCAUGGAUGACAGUACUGUAAAGAAAGGUGUAACGCUAGAAGAUCCUCAUACUGAAGAUCUUAGCCAAGAAGUUAGAGGGUUUAUAUUUUCAAAAAUUCUGGAACGCAAACCUGACCUUACAUCAGAGAUAAUGGCAUUCAGGGAUUAUCUUUUGUCAUCAACAAUAUCAGACACACUUGAUGUUUGGGAGCUGAAAGAUUUAGGACAUCAAACUGCACAGAGAAUAGUACAAGCCUCUGAUCCUUUGCAGUCGAUGCAAGAAAUCAACCAAAAUUUUCCUAGUGUAGUGUCUUCUUUAUCUCGAACGAAGCUCAAUGAUUCAAUUAAAGAAGAGAUACUUGCAAACCAGAGAAUGAUCCCUCCUGGCAAGUCCCUGAUGGCUCUCAAUGGUGCUUUAAUCAAUAUCGAAGAUAUUGACCUUUAUCUAUUGAUUGACCUGGUCCAUCAGGAGCUAUCCUUGGCCGAUCAGUUUUCAAAGUUGAAGCUCCCUGGUAGCACAGUACGGAAACUUCUAUCAACUGUGACUCCUCCUGAGUCAGAUUCAUUCCGAGUUGACUUUCGUUCUUCCCAUGUUCAUUAUCUGAAUAACUUGGAGGAGGAUGCCAUGUACAGGCGUUGGAGGAGUAAUAUAAAUGAUAUCUUAAUGCCUGUCUUUCCCGGUCAGUUGCGUUAUAUCCGUAAGAAUCUGUUCCAUGCAGUAUACGUUCUUGAUCCAGCAACAGUUUCUGGUCUUCAGUCUAUCGACAUGAUUACAUCUUUCUAUGAGAAUAGUUUCCCGAUGAGAUUUGGCAUAAUACUGUAUUCUACAGAAUUGAUCAAAAAAAUUGAAAGGAGUGGUGGUGAACUUCAUUCAUCUGAUUUUGAGCGUGACAGUGAAAUCGAGGAUGAUAAAUCCUGUUUGAUUAUACGACUUUUUAUUUAUAUCAAGGAAAACCACGGGGCUCAAACAGCUUUCCAAUUUUUGAGCAAUAUAAAUAGACUACAAACAGAAUCCAGCGGCUCUACAGAUGAGGCUCUUGAAAUGCACCAUAUUGAAGAGGCAUUUGUGGAAACAUUAUUGCCGAAAGUUAAAUCUCCACCACAAGAAAUACUGUUAAAGCUGGAAAAGGGACAGACUUACAAGGAAUUGUCUCAAGAGAGCUCCUUGUUUGUUUUUAAGCUGGGUAUCAGCAAGCUGCAGUGCUGCCUCCUGAUGAAUGGUCUUGUAUUUGUGUUUAUUUUGCAGGAAGCUCUUAUAAAUGCCAUGAAUGAUGAGCUUCCCAGAAUUCAAGAACAAGUUUACUAUGGGCAAAUAACCUCUCACACUGACGUGCUGGACAAAUUCCUAUCUGAAAAUGGUGUCAGUCGCUAUAAUCCCCAGAUUAUUGUUGGUGGCAAUGUCAAACCAAGGUUUGUGUCUCUAGAUUCAUCAAUCCUUGGAGGGGAAUCUGUGCUGAAUGAACUUAAUUACUUACAUUCUCCUGAAACUGUAGAUAAUGUGAAGCCUGUAACUCAUCUUCUUGCUCUUGAUGUCACAUCAAAAAAAGGGAUAAAGUUACUUCGUGAAGGAAUCCGUUAUCUGAUUCAAGGGUCCAAAAAUGCUCGUGUUGGUGUUCUAUUUACUGCUAGUCAGGAUGCUGAUUUGUCUAGCAUUCUACUUGUGAAGACCUUUGAGAUCACUGCAGCCUCAUAUAGUCAUAAGAAGAAGGCAUUGGAGUUUCUAGAUCAAGUAUGCUCAUUUUAUGAGCAUAAUUACGUUCUUAGAUCUCCUGCUGCAGCUGAAAGCUUUCAAGCAUUCGUUACUAAGUUCUAUGAACUUGCUGAGGCAAAUGAACUGUCAUCUAAGGCAUAUAAAUCCUCUCUAUCUGAAGCUUCCAAUCUGAAUUUGAGAGAACAUCUGUAUAAGGUGGCACAAUUUUUGUAUAUGCAAUUCGGGAUAGCAUCUGGUGUUAAUGCAGUCAUUACCAAUGGAAGGGUUACUUCUCUUGAUGCUGGUAUAUUUCUGGGUGAUGAUCUGCAUCUUCUGGAGUCAGUUGAGUUUAAGCAUAGAAUAAAACACAUUGCAGAGAUUGUUGAGGAAGUUAAUUGGCAUGGAAUUGACCCUGACAUGCUAACAAGUAAAUAUGUUAGUGAUAUUAUCAUGUUCGUGACAUCUUCAAUGGCUACAAGGGAGCGAAGUACUGAAAGUGCACGCUUUGAAAUUUUGAAUGCACAAUAUAGUGCUGUUGUUCUUAACAAUGAGAACUCUAGCAUUCAUAUUGAUGCAGUUGUUGAUCCCCUAAGUCCAUCAGGACAAAAACUAUCAUCACUUCUUCGUGUGCUGGCUAAGUAUGUCCAUCCAAGCAUGCGCAUUUUAUUAAAUCCCAUGAGUUCCCUUGUUGAUCUUCCAUUGAAGAACUAUUACAGAUAUGUGAUCUCAACCAUGGAAGAUUUUAGCAGUACUGAUUAUACAGUAAAUGGACCAAAAGCCUUUUUUGCAAAUAUGCCAUUGUCCAAAACACUUACCAUGAACCUGGAUGUUCCCGAGCCUUGGCUUGUUGAGCCCAUCAUUGCUGUUCAUGACCUGGACAAUAUUUUGCUUGAGAACCUGGGAGACACAAGGACAUUGCAAGCAGUUUUUGAACUUGAAGCUCUGGUUCUGACCGGUCAUUGUGCUGAGAAGGAUCGUGACCCUCCCAGAGGUCUUCAACUAAUUCUUGGAACAAAGAAUUCUCCUCAUUUGGUUGAUACUAUUGUGAUGGCCAACUUGGGUUAUUGGCAGAUGAAAGUAUCUCCUGGAGUUUGGUACCUGCAACUUGCUCCAGGCAGAAGUUCUGAGUUGUAUCUUUUCAGAGAUGGUGGCGAUAAUGGAAACCAAGAGAUAUCUUUUUCAAAACGAAUUACUAUAGAUGAUUUGAGGGGUAAAGUUGUUCGUCUUGAAGUAGUGAAGAAGAAGGGAAAAGAGCAAGAAAAAUUGCUUAUUUCAUCUGAUGAUGACAGCCGUGGAAAAGAAAAGGGACAUAAUGGCUGGAAUUCAAACAUUCUCAAAUGGGCUUCUGGUUUUAUUGGUGGCAAUGAGAAAUCAAAAAGGAGUCAUGACAGUUCGGUGGAUCAUGGGAAGGGUGGUCGACGUGGAAAAACAAUCAACAUCUUUUCAAUUGCUUCAGGGCAUUUAUAUGAACGCUUCCUUAAAAUUAUGAUUUUAAGUGUACUGAAGAAUACCAAUCGUCCGGUGAAGUUCUGGUUUAUAAAGAACUACUUGUCUCCUCAGUUCAAGGAUGUGAUUCCGCAUAUGUCCCGGGAAUACGGCUUUGACUACGAACUAAUUACCUACAAAUGGCCUACAUGGCUGCAUAAGCAGACAGAAAAGCAGCGAAUUAUCUGGGCAUACAAGAUUUUGUUCCUCGAUGUUAUAUUUCCCAUUUCAUUGGAAAAGGUUAUAUUUGUUGACGCCGAUCAAGUUGUGAGGGCGGAUAUAGGAGACCUCUAUGACAUGGAUAUAAAGGGAAGACCUCUUGCAUAUACUCCUUUUUGCGAUAACAAUAAGGACAUGGAUGGAUAUCGGUUUUGGAGACAAGGAUUCUGGAGAGAGCAUUUGCGGGGCAGACCAUACCAUAUUAGCGCACUGUACGUGGUCGACUUGGUGAAGUUCCGGGAGACAGCAGCAGGUGAUAAUUUAAGAGUCUUCUAUGAAAGUCUUAGCAAAGAUCCGAACAGUCUAGCCAAUCUGGAUCAGGAUCUUCCAAACUAUGCUCAGCAUAAAGUACCGAUCUUUUCAUUACCCCAAGAAUGGCUGUGGUGUGAAUCAUGGUGCGGUAAUGCCACGAAAUCCAAGGCUAAAACCAUAGAUCUCUGCAACAAUCCGAUGACAAAAGAACCAAAACUUCAGGGUGCUAGAAGAAUAGUUUCCGAGUGGACAGAUCUUGAUUUUGAGGCUAGAAAAUUCACUGCCAAAAUAUUAGGUGAUGAAUUGGAAAAUCCCGACGCCCCACCACCACCACCGCCACCAUCAUCCGAAACUUCUUCUAACGACCGAUCAUCGGAGGAUCGAGAAUCGAAGGCGGAGUUGUGAAACAUUUGGAUUAGAUAGAGACCAGAGCUCCUUACUAUAUGGUAAAAACUCCUUCCAAUCAUCACUAAAUUAUUAUAUUUAUUUAGUGUAGACUGAUAGGACGAAAAGUAACAUUUUUUCCUUUCAAAAGUAAAGAUUGUUCUCCAAUUUUGUUCUUUCGGAAAAACACUUAAUAAAGGGAAAAUGACUCUUGCUAUACCUCAA